GGGGCUGCAGCUCGGACCCACCAUUAGCACAAUGAUCCUCAGGCUGCUCCUGGCUCUCAACUUCUUCCCAUCAAUUCAAGUAGCAGAAAACAAGAUUUUGGUGAAGCAAUCACCCAUGCUUGUGGUGUACAACAAUGCUGUCAACCUUAGCUGCAAGUAUACCUACAACCUCUUUUCAAAGGAGUUCCGGGCAUCCCUUUAUAAGGGAGCGGAUAGUGCUGUGGAAGUCUGUGUUGUGAAUGGCAACUACUCCCAUCAGCUUGAGUUUCGCUCAAAAACAGGAUUCCACUGUGAUGGGAAAUUGGGCAACGAAACAGUGACAUUCUACCUCUGGAACUUGUUUGUUAACCAAACGGAUAUUUACUUCUGCAAAAUAGAAGUCAUGUAUCCUCCUCCUUACAUUGACAAUGAGAAGAGCAAUGGAACCAUUAUCCAUGUGAAAGAGAAUCAUCAUUGUCCAGCUCACCGAACUCCUGAAUCUUCUAAGCCAUUUUGGGCACUGGUGGUGGUUGUUGGAGUCUUGGCUUUGUAUAGCUUGCUGGUAACAGUGGCUCUUUUUACUUACUGGAUGAAGAGUAAGAGGAACAGGGUCCUUCAGAGCGACUACUUGAACAUGACCCCCCGGAGGCUGGGGCCCACCCGCAGGCACUACCAUCCCUAUGCUCCAUCAAGAGACUUUGCGGCCUACCGCUCCUGACAUGGACCCCUAUCCAGAAGCCAGCCGGCUGACACCUCUUCACCUG